AUGAGCUCCCAGAGAGCUUCAAGGUGUCUCCGGUCGCGGAGCGCCCUUCUCCGACGCCAGGUCCCUCAGAUGUGUGAAGCAAAGCACUGCUACACCCGCAAGCACCCACCUCAGCCGCUACACCCUGCCGGCUGCCGCCACAACGCUCCAGCGCGCAUGCAUCAAAGGCUAAGUAUCCUACAUGAAAUAGACGAGAUUUUGGGAGUUACUUCUGACCAGGAAAGUGCCCUUGAUGGUGGUGUCACGUCAGGAUCCAGGAUGAUGGACCAAAGCUUGUCAGCUCUAAUGAAGGAGUAUUAUGAACAAGUGGAAGAAAUAAGAAAACAGCAGCAGCAUUAUUUGGUACAAAUGAGAGGGAUGAGACAAAAUCUUGAAAAAGUCACUCGGGAAAAUGAAAGGCUGCAUGCAGAGUUGAAAGAGGCUAUUGAGAAGCAACUGGACACCUUUCCUUUCGAUUCUCUAGGAACUAAUGUUAUUGCAGAUGAAUAUACAGUGAAAAACCUUCAAGAGCAACUAGAACUGGAAACUCAAGCAAAGGAGCGAGCAGUAGAGCUUUGGCAGACUCUAGUACAGGAGCAUGAUCUACUCCAGCAGAAGUACCAGGAACACCUGACUGAAACAGAGAUUCACAUGGUUGAAAUGCAGAAGCAUAAAGAUCAGCUGACUGGUUUUCAGCGGUUGACUCAGCAACUGCGCGUAGCCAAUGAAAAAAAAGAGCUCACUAAUCAACAGCUUCUGCAAAUUGUAGCACAACAAAAUGUGGAACUACAGGACCAACAAAAACAACUGAGGCAAGCCAGAAAAGAUGAGCAGGCAGCAAAUGUUAAGGUUGAUGAAAUGACCAGAUCAACAGAAAGGCUUCAAAGCCAAUUGGAGAGAAAGGAAGAAAAGAUGUUAUUUGACCAGCAAAGAGAAGCAGCAUAUGGCAGACACUUGUAUCAAAUGCAGACUAGGAUAAAACAACUAGAAGCAAGAUUAAGCAUUGCUGUCCAAGAUGAUCAACGCCAGAGAAAAGAAAGAGCAGCCUGGGAGAAACAAACUGUGGAACUUCAGAAAGAGAUUGCUAAUCUAGUAAGGGCAAAGCAAGAUGCUGCUGCAAAAAUCCAAGAUUACAUACAUCUCUUAGAAGAAGCUAACCUACAGAAAAGUUGGGCACUCUCUAGGGAGAAAAAAAAGGAAGAAGAAAUUAAAAAAUUGAAAUAUGAAAUGUCUCGAUUGGCAGAAGAUAAUGCUGCAAGAAUUAGAAAGGCAGUAGACAUGGCAAAGAAGCAGUAUAAGGUGCAGAUUUCUCGACUAGAAGAAGAACUUUCAGCUCUGCAGUUGGAAUGUGGAGAAAAACAGGGUCAAAUUGAACGAGCUAUUAGAGAAAAGAGAGCAGUAGAAGCAGAACUUGAAAAGAUAUACCAGGUAGACGAAGGAUAUGAAUCUGACAACAGAAAACUAGAGCAGCUGCAUCAGAAGUACUUACUUGCAGAGACUACAAAAGGUGAUCUUCAGCUCACUCUUCAGACAACACAAAAUAAACUGAAACACCUGGAAAUUAACUUUGAGGAGGAGAAAUCCCGUUCCCAGGAAGUUAUCUGUCAUUUGCAAAACACUUUGAAAUCAGAAAGAAAAAAGAGUGUCUCUAUCAGUGAACAAAGUCUAAAGCUUCAGCAAGAGAAUGAACAGUUGCAAAAAGAAGUGGAGGAAUUGAGAAAACAGGUCGCAGAGGCUGAGCGAAAAGCUAACAUAAAGAUAAGCACAAUGGAGCAUGAGCGUGAUGUGAAAGAGCAUGGAUAUGAAGCUCGACUUAAGGAAAUGGAAGACAGCAAUCUGAAGUCUACUGCUGAACUUACAUGUCUGUUAUUAGCCCAGCAAAAAGCAACAAAUCAAUGGAAAGAAGAAGCAAAAAAAAUUACUGAAACUACAGAAGCCAGGAUCAGUAAGCUAAAAAGAGAGCUAAGUCAACAAAAAAUUUGUAACCAGGAGCUCAUUUCUCAACUGGAAGUUGCAAAUGAAAAGGCAGCCGAGGAUGAAAAAUUAAUGAGGGAAUACCAACAAUACAUCAAUAGGCUUCAAAGGCGUCUAAACCAGGCAGAAGAGAGGGCACGUACGGCAACUCAAAAGUUCCUGGAGAGUUGGGAAGGAGAAUCCAAGGAAUGCAACUCCUGCAGGUUGGGAUAAGAACAGCUCAAUAACCAAGGGAUAACACAGAUCACUCCUGCUACUACUACAAACAAUAAUGAUAAAAGCAAUAACAAGCGAAGAGAAUCCAACACCUCACCAGCACCGACCCAUAACUCACCCCACUGAGCACCGACCAAUACCUCCUCCAUCCCCCCAGAGCUCCAGCCCUUCCGGGUCUGUCCCGGUUCCAUCCUGGCCAUGAUGUGCUAUGGUAUGGAUACCUCUUUGGCCAGCCUGGAUUGGGUAUCCUAUAUCUCCUUCCUCCUUGGAAGAGAAUGAGGAUCACCAAGGCAUUGGACAAAGCAAACACUGGAGCAAGAACCGCAACCGUUGGUGCUAUCAGCACCAUUCCCAGCCCAAAAGUCAAAUCCCAGCACUGCACCAGCUACCAAGAAAGAGGAAAACAACUGCUCCUGCUCAAACCAAUAGUGCCUUCAGCUACUUCAAGCCUUAUCGCAUCCAGCUGCUGCUUCAGCCACCUGCCAUUAAUUAACAAGUGGGGCUCACAGAGUCAGCUCUGGGAAAAUGGACGCAGACAACAGAGCUGCAAGGACAAUGUGCAGCCAUGCCCCAAAAGACAAUUGACCUAAAGGCUGAGCCCAAGCCUCAUCUAUACUUUAGCUUAGGAAAGUCAGAAAAGCUCCAACUCAACAGCAACCUGCUCCCUUCCCCUGCCCAAAGAGACCACUUCUUGAAGAACCUCUCUCCCACACCCACCUUACAGCUCUGUCUGACCCCUCCCCAAGCCCAGACUUGUACCUUAGCUUUCAGAGGGGCAGAGGUCCAAAGCCAUCCUCCAGCAAAACCUCUUCUCACCUCACUGGGAUAUUCCUUCAGUACCCACAUUCCUCUUCUUCAUCUGCAAAAGAACACAGCAAUGGUACACAGCUUAUCAGUACCUUGACCAAAGGUGACCUUUGCCACAACUCCUCCUCCUGAGAACAGCCACAGAGUUCCACUGAAGCUCAUCACCACCACCAAAGAUAACAGAUAAACUAAGACUAAACCAACAACAGGAACUUUACACAAAGAUACUUAUUGAUGUCUGCACUAGUAAGUCUUGACAUGCCCUGAGGGUCUUCAUUCAGACAAUACCACUCCAAAGAACUAAACCAAAACCAGGAAAUGGCAACAGAAAGAAACCAUAAAGCUCUAAGGCCACAAACCCCAAACAACAGGACAACACUUACCCCAAUGAAAGCCAGGCACUAAAUGAGCUCUGCAGUGAAUGGGCUUCAUAUACCCCAGGGCCCACCCACAACCCCUCCCUCAAUGCCCUGCGGCAGGGGAGGAGCAAGCAACCAGCUGGCGCAGAAGGAGCCUGAUAAGUCACAGCCUGCUCUCUUUACCCCCAUUUACCCCCAAAUAGCACGCAGACCCCAUAUACACACCUAUAGCACCCAUAGCAUUCAGAACUCCAUUUAACCC